GUGCUUCUGCAUCUGUGCAUCCGUGCUGCCGCAUGAGCACCAUGCUGGAGAGGCUACGGUCGAAGGGCAGCUCGAAGAAGAGCCGCGAAAGGGAGGAGGCUCCAGUGCAGGAGGCAGAUGCAGACCGGGCCACCCCAGCCGAAGCGGAGGAUGGUGGGGCCUGGCGAUUGGCAGAGGAGGAGAGUGGGGAGGAUGAGAUCUUGCAGGUCCGGUCCUCCAACGCAGGCCUCGCGUCCUCCGUUCAGGCCGGCGUCGCCACCAGCGGCGGAUCUCCGCGCUCGGGAACGAGCACCGUGGCAUCGUACUCCCAGAAGGAGCCUCAUCUCGGUUCUGCGGAUAUCGUCGUCCCAGGGGGCUCCUCUUUGUUGGAUGGCCUCAGGCUGCUUCUGGUGCACCAUCUCAAGGGCAGCGCCGGCACGGAUCAGAUCAGCCUCACUACGGGCCAGGCUGAGUUGCUGGAGCACCAUCUCUCCCGGUUGGCCUCCUAUGCACAGAAGAUCGUUCAUACUCUAGCUUUUGCCACGCGAUUUCUGUCUUCGCAGCCCGUGGUGGAGGAGCAAA